AUGGAGACUCAGCCGUGCAUUCUCUACUAUGACGAGCGUUCCAUAUGCAGUUCUAUGGUACGGUAUACUCUUGCUAAUGCGGGGUCGCCAGGCGAGAAUUACUUGUCCCUGUCUCCAGAGCUUCGAGAGAUCGACAUCUUCAACGGCGCGCAGCUAUCCGAGCCAUAUCUGUGUGAAGUGAAUCCUAAAGGACAGGUUCCAGUUCUGGAGAGUAAAGGUUACCUCGAAAAGCCGAUAGCAGACAGUCUUGAGAUCACCCUCUGGUUAUGUGAAAGGCACCCAGAUCUGAGACCACCUGAAUAUGCAGAUGAUAUCAACAGACUACUCCGCGAUCUUCAUGCCAUAAACUUCUUCACACUUUCGAUGAGAAACCGCCCGCAGAGGGCAGAGCUGCUGGAGGGAGCGAUCCUAGCCAAAAUGAACACGCCUGACCUGUCGACUACACAUAAGAAAGCAUUGGAGUACAAGUUGACUGUAACCCGUUCAGAGAAGGUCGACGGAGUGCGACCGGAAGUCAUCAAGGCGGAGGUCGAGAGUGCGCGUGCUCUUCUCAACGACAUCGACACCAUCAGACGCACACAUAACAAAAAGGACCAGGCAAGUGCCUGGAUCUUCGGCACUAUGGCUCCAACAGCGCUGGACACCACCUUGAUCUGUUUCCUGGCCAGGCUGAUGGAUGUCCAGUUGGACGAGGUCAUUCCACCGGCUCUGUUGGAGCUGGGGCGGGCGAAGAGGGAGACGAACGACUUUAAAGAGAUCUGGCUGUCCUUGUAA